CAGCCAACCCACCAUCUCGCUCGCCGAUCUCAACACUUCGAUCGCCAACCGCGGGCAAGCAAAGCAAGUCAGCAUGGGCAACAGCAAGGCCGCGGCGUGCGUGCUCGCGCUCGUCCUGUGCGGCCUGCUCGCCGCGGACACGGCGGCGGCGGCGGCGGGGUGCGACGCGAGCGCGCUGAGCCCGUGCGUGGGCGCCAUCAUGCUGGGCGGGGCGGUGACGCCGGGGUGCUGCGCGCGGCUGCGCGCCCAGCGGGCGUGCCUGUGCCAGUACGCGCGCGACCCGUCCUACCGCGGCUACGUCAACAGCCCCAGGGCGCAGAGCGUCGUUGCCGCCUGCGGCCUCCCCAGGCCCAAGUGCUGAUCGCCCUCGUCGCCGCGCUCGCUAUAUGUAUCGGCUCCGCCCCAUGUGAACGGCAUUGUGCACGAUGUCCGGCACCGGUGGGCGGCGGUCUACGUAAUGUAAUGUGUGGUUAAUUAUACGGUCCACGACGCCAUCGAGCUGGCACGUACGUGCGUGUACGGUUGAGUUGUGGACGUCUGUCUAAAUAAACGUCGCUUCGCGUGCGUUCUCAUGUUUUACUACCGCCUAUGAAUAAAGGUUUUUCCCAACAUUAGUUCCA